AUAUAUGCAUCUGUUUAUUGAGUUUGCGGAUUGCAUAUGGAAUAAGCAUUGCUCCGUAGAGUCUACAAGUAAGCCCUUUCGAGGCUCAUGUGGCUUUGUGAGUGUAAACGAGUGGUAGGGAUGAGGUCGGUGCUCAUCGGUGAACUUACAGAACGGUAUCCUCCACCUGGUAUACCCGUAAAACUAGACAGGCAGCUACCUGGAUUGUCAUGGCCAUGAUAAAUGAGCGACGUGGCCACUAUCUGAUGUGAGAUUCUCAUUUCGUUUUAAUUCUGUAUUACACUGCCCAUCAGUUCAGAUCGUCUGUCUCCCUCCCUCCCUCCAUAACUCCAGGUAUUUCCCCCUCCACCAUACAUGUGAACCACAGCACUUCAUGGACGAGACUCGGACAAAAAGACAAGACUCAUCAUCCAACACUCGUCGUCAUACUCAACACCGAGACAGAACAUGGCAAAAGCCAUCAAUCUUUCUUUCUUUCUUUCUUUCUUUCUUUCUUUCUUUCCCUUCUUCCUCCUUCUUGAAAAAAGAUUAUCAUCUCGCGGCAAAACCAUCGCGUACCAGCCACGGUACAAUGACGUCGGUAGUAUCGAGUUGCAGCGAGAAUUGUAAAAAAAAAAGUGCUAUGUCCAAUGAAAAAAGGAAAAUCUCGCACACGCAAAAAACAAGAGAGAGAGAGAGAGAGAAGAGAAAAAAAAGGGCAUGAAAUAUGUUUCGGCUUGGGAGGGUAUGU